AGGCAGAUGCAAAGAAGAAAAUCAAUAGGGAUAAGAGAGAAGAGGGAGGAGUCUCAGAUCAGCCAUUCCUGCCUUACAGGGUCCCAGCUGGCACCACAAAAGAAAAAAAAAUAACAAAAAAGAAACCCCAAGCCGGGCGUGAACGCCAGUGGAGGAGGGUGCGAGUGGCAGGGGGCGGGUCGGGGCGAAGAGGGACCGGGGAGAUUUACUAUUGUCUCUGGCAGCCGCCGCGGGAGCCCGGGAGGGGGGCGGAGGCGAGAGGAGGCGGCAGCACCGGCCAGCGCACCAUUCGCUCCACCUGAUUUGGGGCGCUGUGCGCUGAGCCAGGCGCGCGAGCAGCAGCAGCAGCAGCAGCAGUAAGCAGUAGCAGCGAGGCAGGCAUCCCCUGCAGCCAGAAUCGCCACCAUGUCCUAUCAGGGAAAGAAGAACAUUCCGCGGAUCACGAGCGACCGUCUUCUAAUCAAGGGAGGGAGAAUCGUCAACGAUGAUCAGUCCUUUUAUGCUGAUAUUUACAUGGAGGAUGGCCUAAUAAAGCAAAUCGGGGACAAUCUGAUUGUCCCCGGAGGUGUGAAGACCAUCGAGGCCAAUGGGAAGAUGGUGAUCCCUGGAGGCAUUGACGUCCAUACCCACUUCCAGAUGCCCUACAAGGGAAUGACCACGGUGGACGAUUUCUUCCAAGGGACAAAGGCUGCCUUAGCGGGAGGCACCACCAUGAUCUUGGACCAUGUGGUACCUGAGCCUGAGUCUAGCCUGACGGAGGCUUAUGAAAAGUGGCGUGAGUGGGCCGACGGGAAGAGCUGCUGCGACUAUGCUUUGCACGUGGACAUCACCCACUGGAAUGACAGCGUCAAGCAGGAGGUGCAGAACCUCAGCAAGGAGAAGGGUGUUAACUCCUUCAUGGUUUACAUGGCCUACAAGGAUUUAUAUCAAAUGUCCAACACAGAGCUCUAUGAGAUCUUCACCUGCCUCGGAGAGCUGGGGGCCAUUGCUCAAGUUCAUGCCGAGAAUGGAGAUAUCAUUGCCCAGGAGCAGGCACGGAUGCUGGAAAUGGGGAUAACCGGCCCAGAAGGCCACGUUCUGAGCAGACCGGAAGAGCUGGAAGCUGAGGCUGUGUUCCGUGCCAUCACCGUCGCCAGCCAGACCAACUGCCCCCUCUAUGUUACCAAGGUCAUGAGCAAGAGCGCGGCUGAUCUCAUCUCACAAGCCAGGAAGAAAGGAAAUGUGGUCUUUGGCGAGCCCAUCACUGCCAGCCUGGGAAUAGAUGGAACUCAUUACUGGAGUAAGAACUGGGCCAAAGCAGCUGCGUUUGUGACAUCCCCACCUCUGAGCCCGGACCCAACCACACCCGACUACAUCAACUCUCUGCUGGCCAGCGGGGAUCUGCAGCUCUCGGGAAGUGCCCACUGUACCUUUAGCACUGCCCAGAAAGCCAUCGGGAAGGACAACUUCACAGCCAUCCCUGAGGGCACCAAUGGUGUGGAGGAGCGUAUGUCUGUCAUCUGGGACAAGGCUGUGGCCACAGGGAAGAUGGAUGAAAACCAGUUUGUGGCUGUGACAAGCACCAAUGCUGCCAAGAUAUUCAACCUGUACCCUCGCAAGGGGAGAAUAGCUGUGGGCUCUGACAGCGACCUUGUCAUCUGGGAUCCAGAUGCUCUGAAGAUCAUCUCUGCCAAGAACCACCAGUCGGUUGCUGAAUACAACAUCUUUGAAGGGAUGGAGCUGCGUGGGGCUCCUCUGGUGGUUAUCUGCCAGGGCAAGAUCAUGCUGGAAGAUGGCAACCUGCACGUGACCCAGGGGGCUGGCCGCUUCAUUCCCUGCAGCCCAUUCUCUGACUAUGUCUACAAGCGCAUUAAAGCAAGGAGGAAGAUGGCAGACCUGCAUGCAGUUCCAAGAGGCAUGUAUGAUGGACCAGUGUUUGACUUGACCACCACCCCCAAGGGGGGCACCCCAGCUGGCUCUACUCGGGGCUCUCCCACUCGGCCAAACCCACCAGUGAGGAACCUCCAUCAGUCGGGAUUUAGCCUGUCAGGCACCCAAGUGGAUGAGGGUGUCCGCUCAGCCAGCAAACGCAUUGUCGCGCCCCCUGGAGGCCGUUCUAAUAUCACAUCCCUGAGUUAAGCAAGCCCUCCCAAAGAGGGGAGGCAGAAGCAAGAAGAAAAAAAUUUGAAGCCAAAAUGGUACACCGAUAUUUAAGAAGGAACGUGAAUCCAAACAGUUGAGAUCUAAAGUUGAUUUUAAAGAAUCACUAAGCCUCAAGCCUUAUGUUUCUCAAUGUUAUGCUCGCUUGCCUAGCUUUAUGAAUUGCUUUGAUUUCUGUUUAUGAA